UGCUCUCACCAACUUCCAACCGGCUACUUCAAAGCAAACUUGAAAUAUUGGACGUAUCGUGUUGUGGCAAAUUGAGAAACUUGAUGUCUCCAUCAGUGGCUAGAGGUGUUCUGAGUCUCCGAAUACUAAAAAUAGAAGAAUGUCCAUUAAUGGAAGAAGUGAUCACAGAAGAGGAAAAACAAGGAGAAGAAAUGACUAAUCAGCCCUUAUUUCCCCGGUUGGAAUUGCUGAAGCUUAGAAAUCUACCGAAGCUGGGGCAUUUCUUUCUGACAAAGUGUGCUCUUGAAUUUCCAUUUCUCAGAGAUGUGGACAUCAUAAGGUGCCCUGAAAUGAAGACGUUUAUCCAGCUGGGAUCUGUUAGUACACCAAGUUUGAAAUAUUUGUCAUUCGAAGAAUGGAUCAAAGAUGCUGAGAUGAAAAAUCAUCUCAAUAAUGCGAUACAACAGAGGUUCUAUUCUAAGGAACAAGAAACUAGCAAGUGAUCAUGGCAGAAACUAGUGCUGUCUAUGGAUCCGAAGCUAGGGAGGUAAUAAGUACUCGAUGAAAUAGUUGAAGUGUGUGCAAGUUAGCUAGAAAGAUCACCUGAUAUUUGUGCUUAUGGGGGUAACAAGUAGAGGCGGAUCUACAAUAGUGUAACCUAUGGAACUCAAUAGCUUUUACCUAGAGACUUUGUAUUGUAUUAGUUAAAUUCUAGUAAAUAAUUAACUAUAAACGCAGUUAUUAUUGUAUAUUAACCUGAGGUCGUUCUAGGUUCUAUAAGCUUCAAAUUCUAAAUCAACCUCUGGUUCUAAAUU